CCUGAUUAAAGUUUACUUUCACUUUCUCUGAAGGAGUGUUGCAGUUGUGUUUCUCCGUCUCAACCUCCAGCUGAAGAUCAAAGUGUGUGUGAGCUGAUGUGGAUGUGAGUUCAGCAGCAUGAGUCAGUGUGAGGACAGAGAGGAGGGAGCCCCUCCCUCUAAAAGCACUCUGUGGGGAUCUGGACCUGGACCUAGACCUGGACCUGAACCUGAACCUGGACCUGAACCCAGCUGUCUGUCCUUCAAGAGCGAUCGGUCAAAAGGGAUUGUCACUGACUUUAAAGAAAGACAAUCAUGUGACAUAAAGGUGGACCAGGAGAGCUCAGAGGUUCCCAGUGGUCAGUCUGCCCAGCAGCAUCAAACACACCUGGACUCCAUAUUUAUGCUGCUGGAGGACAACAUUGUUAACUUUGUGAAGAACGAGCUGAAGAAGAUCCAGAAGGUUCUGAGUUCAGAUUACCCAGAAUGCUUAGAGAGUCAAAGGGAGGAUGAGGAGGUAUUGGACGGUGAGGAUGAAGAGCAGAGGAGGAGCAGAAAGGCAUUUCUGAAGAUCACACUGCACUUCCUGAGGAGAAUGAAGCAGGAGGAGCUGGCAGAUUGUCUGCAGAGCAGAAGUCAUUCUGGAGUUUGUCAGUUUGAACUUAAAUCCAACCUGAAGAAGAAGUUCCAGUGUGUGUUUGAGGGGAUCGCUAAAGCAGGAAACCCAACCCUUCUGAACCAGAUCUACACAGAGCUCUACAUCACAGAGGGAGGGACUGCAGAGGUCAAUGAUGAACACGAGGUCAGACAGAUUGAAACAGCAUCCAGGAAACCAGACAGACCAGAAACAACAAUCAGACAAGAAGACUUCUUUAAACCCUCACCUGGAAGAGAUGAACCAAUCAGAACUGUGAUGACAAAGGGAGUGGCUGGCAUUGGGAAAACAGUCUUAACACAGAAGUUCACUCUGGACUGGGCUGAAGACAAAGCCAACCAGGACAUACAGUUCACAUUUCCAUUCACUUUCAGAGAGCUGAAUGUGCUGAAAGAGAAAAAGUUCAGCUUGGUGGAACUUGUUCAUCACUUCUUUACUGAAACCAAAGAAGCCGGAAUCUGCAGGUUUGAAGAGUUCCAGGUUGUGUUCAUCUUUGAUGGUCUGGAUGAGUGUCGACUUCCUCUGGACUUCCACAACACUGAGAUCCUGACUAAUGUUACAGAGUCCACCUCAGUGGAUGUGCUGCUGACAAACCUCAUCAGGGGGAACCUGCUUCCCUCUGCUCGCCUCUGGAUAACCACACGACCUGCAGCAGCCAGUCAGAUCCCUCCUGAGUGUGUUGACAUGGUGACAGAGGUCAGAGGGUUCACUGACCCACAGAAGGAGGAGUACUUCAGCAAGAGAUUCAGAGAUCAGGAGCAGGCCAGCAAAAUAAUCUCCCACAUUAAGACCUCACAAAGCCUCCACAUCAUGUGCCACAUCCCAGUCUUCUGCUGGAUCACUGCUACAGUUCUGGAGGAUGUGUUGAAGACCAGAAAGAGAGGCAAGCUGCCCAAGACCCUGACUGAGACGUACAUCCACUUCCUGGUGGUUCAGUCCAAACUGAAGAACAUUAAGUAUGAUGGAGGAAGUGAGACAGAUCCACUCUGGAGUCCAGUGAACAGGAAGAUGAUUGAGUAUCUGGGAAAACUGGCUUUUGAGCAGCUGCAGAAAGGCAACCUGAUCUUCUAUGAAUCAGACCUGACAGAGUGUGGCAUUGAUAUCAGAGCAGCCUCAGUGUACUCAGGAGUGUUCACACAGAUCUUUAAAGAGGAGAGAGGACUGUACCAGGACAAGGUCUUCUGCUUCGUCCAUCUGAGUGUUCAGGAGUUUCUGGCUGCUCUUCAUGUCCAUCUGACAUUUAUCAGCUCUGGAGUCAAUCUGCUGGCAGAAGAACAAACAACCUCCCAGAAGUCUGAAACAAGAAAAGAUGAAUCAGCAGAGACACAGUUCUACCAGAGUGCUGUGGACAAGGCCUUACAGAGUCCAAAUGGUCACCUGGACUUGUUCCUCCGCUUCCUCCUCGGACUUUCACUGCAGACCAAUCAGACUCUCCUACGAGGUCUGCUGACACAGACAGGAAGUGGCUCAAAAACCAGUGAGGUAGCAGUCGAGUACAUCAAGAAGAAGAUUGAAGAGACUCUCUCUGCAGAGAGAACCAUCAAUAUGUUCCACUGUCUGAAUGAACUGAAUGAUCGUUCUCUAGUGGAUCAGAUCCAACAGUCUCUGAGUUCCGGAAGUCUCUCCACAGAUAAACUGUCUCCUGCUCAGUGGUCAGCUCUGGUCUUCAUCUUACUGACAUCAGAAAAAGAUCUGGACGUGUUUGACCUGAAGAAAUACUCUGCUUCAGAGGAGGCUCUUCUGAGGCUACUGCCAGUGGUCAAAGCCUCCAACAAAGCUCUACUGAGUGUCUGUAACCUCUCAGAGAGAAGCUGUGAAGCUCUGUCCUCAGUUCUCAGCUCCCAGUCCUCUAGUCUGAGAGAGCUGGACCUGAGUAACAACAACCUGCAGGAUACAGGAGUGAAGCUUCUGGCUGCUGGACUGAAGAGUCCACAUUGUGAACUGGACACUCUCAGGCUGUCAGACUGUCUGAUCACAGAGGAAGGCUGUGCUUCUCUGGCCUUAGCUCUGAGCUCCAACCCCUCCCAUCUGAUAGAGCUGGACCUGAGCUACAAUCAUCCAGGAGACUCAGGAGUGAAGCUGCUGUCUGCUGCACUGGAGGAUCCACAGUGGAGACUGGACACUCUCAGACUGAGUGGCUGUAACCUCUCAGAGAGAAGCUGUGAAGCGCUGUCCUCAGUUCUCAGCUCCCAGUCCUCUAGUCUGAGAGAGCUGGACCUGAGUAACAACAACCUGCAGGAUUCAGGAGUGAAGCUUCUGUCUGCUGGACUGAAGAGUCCACAUUGUAAACUGGACACUCUCAGGCUGUCAGGCUGUCUGAUCACAGAGGAAGGCUGUGCUUCUCUGGUCUCAGCUCUGAGCUCCAACCUCUCCCAUCUGAGAGAGCUGGACCUGAGUAACAACAACCUGCAGGAUUCAGGACUGAAGCUUCUGUCUGCUGGACUGGAGAGUCCACUUUGUACACUAGAAACUCUCAGGCUGUCAGGCUGUCUGAUCACAGAGGAAGGCUGUGCUUCUCUGGCCUCAUCUCUGAGCUCCAACCUCUCCCAUCUGAGAGAGCUGGACCUGAGCUACAAUCAUCCAGGAGACUCAGGAGUGAAGCUGCUGUCUGCUGCACUGGAGGAUCCACAGUGGAGACUGGACACUCUCAGGGUGGAGCCUGCUGGAGUCCGAUGGUUGAGACCAGGUCUGAGGAAGUAUUCCUGUGAACUCACAGUCGACACAAACACAGUGAACAGAAACAUCAAACUGUCUGACAAGAACAGGAAGAUGAUUCAUGUGAAGGAGGAUCAACCAUAUCCUGAUCAUCCAGACAGAUUUGACUACUGGCCUCAGCUGCUGUGUAGAAAUGUUCUGACUGGUCGCUGUUACUGGGAGGUUGAGUGGAGAGGAAGAGUUUCUAUAUCAGUGAGUUACAGAGGAAUCAGCAGGAGAGGAAACAGUAGAGACUGUUUGUUUGGAUGGAAUGAUCAGUCCUGGAGACUGGAGUGCUCUGAUGGUCGUUACUCUGUCUGUCACAAGAAGAGAGUAACACCCACCUCCUCCUCCUCCUCCUCCUCCUCUUCCUCCUCCUCUGUCUCUAACAGAGUAGCAGUGUAUAUGGACUGUCCUGCUGGCACUCUGUCCUUCUACACAGUCUCCUCUGACACACUGAUCCACCUCCACACCUUCAACACCACAUUCACUGAACCUCUUUAUCCUGGAUUUGGACUCUGGUCCAGUCCUGGUUCCUGGGUGUGUGUGAGUCCUGUGUAGGAGGGAGAGUCUCAGAUCAGUUCAGUCUGUACAGGAUCACAGUUCCAUCCAUCUUUCAGGUGAUUGUUGUGUCUUUCCUCCCUUAAAGCUUUGAUUCUCUCACACUGUGUAGUGUUAAGUUGGUUUUUCCUUUAGUUUGAUAUGUAUGCAGGGCCGGCCCAAGCCUGCAUGGGGCCCGGCAUGUUUUACCCAUAUAUGGUUUUUAAUCUGAAAUGGUAGCAAAUCCAGCUACAAGAGCAGCCUGGGGUUGAUUAACACUUAAUAUUCAAAGUGAUUUAGUACUAAGUGGGAUACCGUAUUUCAUCUAGGCCAGUAUUAAAUAAAAUAAAUUUAAAAAAUAUCAGACAAAUACUUAAAUAAUGAUGUAAAUCAACAGGCACCUAAAACAAGGUAACACAAAUGGUUUAUAAAUAAAAUAUUAAGUUGAAUUAGGUAUGAAAACUAUGUAAAAAUUUGCUAAAUCUUUGGUAAAAAUAGGGAGGGGGGGAAUUCAAAAUACACUCCUGUAAUUCAAACAUUUGACUUUUAUAUGUAAAAAACACAGCAUUGAAUAAAAUAAACAAAUAAAUAGACUGCGGGCUCUGUCUUGCACUCAGCGCAAUUGACUUUGUACACUGGCGCUUGUAUAAUUCCUAUUUUGCACUCGACGCACAUUGGAAUUUUCCCUCCACCGAUGCACAUCCUUAAAUUAGAGAAUGAACUUGCGCUCGGGGGGCGGUUCAGCGAAAAGAGGAGGCGUGUUCCGGCGCAAACGUUCCCUGGUGCUAUUUUGCUGUUUCAGAAAACAAUUCUGCCACAGACCAGGAAAAACCUAGUCUAAAGUCAGUGGCACUUAUUCAGAUGCUAUUUUAAGGGCGCAGACUUGAGGGGAUGCGCCUGAGAGGCAGCAGCAACAUCGCCACCCGGUCAGGACGGGCAUUAAUACUUUGCCGCAUCCCGGACAGCUCCCGCUCCAGCAUGUCAAACCCGGUUUGCUGCAGGAACGGGUGGUCCUCCAGCGUGUAGUGGGUCUGGAUCCUCUGCACCUUGGUGUUUGCGCUGCUCCCUCCUCAGCCGGCCCUUGCGCACUGCUCGGUCGUGCGCACUGCUCUCGAGGCCAGGGUCUUCUUCCUGCAAAGCUGCCUUACAUUUUUUUGAUUUAUUGUAUGGCUGUGUUACAUUUAUUUCACUAGUGCACUGCCCGUAGGAAGUAUGUAUUGCUAUAGAAAAGUGUGAGGUUAAGUAGUUUUUUCAUGGAUGGCCAAAUGAGGUUGUGUUUGAAGGUGGGACGUCAGGGACAUUUAGGACAUAUUAUUUAGUCCUAUAAUAUAGGCCAGCAUACAUCAGAGAGAGAGAGAGAGAGAGAGAGAGAGAGAGAGAUCGGGGAUCCAGCGCCAAUUCUCCGCACCCUCCUCUGUGUGGAAGACUCAGAUGCGGCGAGGGGGGGCAUUGUCGCUCCGUCCCUGAUCCUCCUCUGGAGGUAGAAUUAGGGACGCUUUAUUUUUAACCGCCUGCAGUGUGAACGGAUAAGCCGACGGCGCGGGGCGUGUCGGUCAGACAGUCUGAUAACUGCACAGGUCUCUCACUCAACUUAAUAAAGAGAAAUGUCCCACAAAGCAACGUUACAGGACCAAACAACAGUAACGUAGUAACUGUAACUGUCUUUGGAAACUUACAUGAGGUAAAAAAAUACCACAGCUGUACGUGGAGAAGCGUCUGUCCUCCUGUCUGUCCUCCUGUCUGUCCUCCCCCUGUCCUCCCGCCUGUCCUACCGACUCUUCGUCACAUUUCUGCCCGAAAAAACAGCAUCUGUCACCGGCGAAAAACUGAGUGUUUGUGAUCAAAAAUCAAAAAUCACCACGACCCCAGCCCUCUGGACCGAGACAUCAGUUUACUUUCACUUUCCAGGAUGUUUGGGCUCUGCAGUGAUUGACUCUGGUGCGCACGUGGCUACGGUGGCCCUCGUUUGCAAUGCUAGCAGAAUUCGGAAAUAAUUUAUUAACGGUAUCUUUAUAGUCCAAACAAAGCCGACGUUGCACACCCUUAAAUCACACAGCAGCCAUGAAACUCUCAGGUCAGUCUGAUCCUGAUCUGCAGAGAUAGUUGAGGUACACACACAGAUAGACAGACACACAGACACACAGACAGAGAUUUCUUGCUUUUAUAGAGAGAUAUUGUUGUUGGGGUUUUUUGUACAAGAAUGUACAUUUGAUAAUAUAUGAAUCAUCAUCACUCACACAUGGAAAAAAAUAAUGCAUUACUUUUUUCUUUUUUAAGUUAAUUGCUCUUGGGGGCCCCCUAGUGGUAAAGGGGCCCUAAGCAGCUGUUUAGUUCGUUUAUGCCCUGGGCCAGCCCUGUAUGUAUGCUCUGUUUGUUUGUUUGUUCAUAUGUGUAUAACUGUACAUGUAAAACAAAUGUAAAGCAAUGUAGUCAUAUUUUGUUUAUGUGCAGAUACCUGAUAAAAAAGUAAUUCUGA